ACAUGGUUUAGUGGGUGCGGGUGGUAGGUUAUUAAUCCCCACUGUUGCUGAGGCUUGCAAUAAAUUCUCCUGACUGCGUUUUCGGCUUCAUAUGACCGCUUCGAGAGGUGUUUCCAAUUCCGGUGGGAGAUAGUCCAUGAAGUUACUGAACAAAAGUGACGAAUCAUGGGCCCAAGGAAUCAACUAUGGAAUUGUCCUUUUAGGCCCUGCCGCCGGAAAAUUAAAAUAUACCCUCUUGGAUAAACAAGACAUUGAGCUAAUUCAAGAAUAUCAGUUUGAGGCAUUUGUUGAAAUCGAUAAAAAUGGUGAAGGAGCUUGUGUGUAUGCCUUUGUCUAUGAUGCCAACAAAGGAAGGAAAUCAGGAAGAUGCCUACACAAUGUGUUGUGGGAGCGUCAUUUUGGUGGAGUCGCACCUCAGUACAAAGUCAUCCAUAAGAAUGGUAUAACUGUAGAUAACCGCCUAGAAAACUUGGCAUUGCACCCCAUCAGUAACAAGUAUACGAAUACGGUGAAUGACAAUAACAUUGAAGAUUCCAUAUACUGGUCUGCCGUUGUUAGAAUGCCUCAUGAAAUAGUUCCAGCUCAAGUGAAGUUGUUUGGCAGUCAGGAGGAAGCUUUGUUAAUGGAUGACGAACGAUACUUCGAGUGCCACUACCCACCCUGCACGAACAUAGAGAAGAGGCCCCUUGAAUUCAGCAUCUGUGGGCUGUGCCAUGUGACCCGCUACUGUGGUCCCACCUGCCAAACCAGGGACUGGCCCUUCCACAAGCCCACCUGUUCUCAGAAACUACGGCCGGUGCGUCUUCAGAGAUUUCCGGACAGAUGACCGAUCUCGAUGAGCCUCUGGGCGAAGCCAAUGAUCGAUCCUUUGUGCCUGUAGUCAUUUUUUUUCGGAACAAAGGAGACUAAUCUCGAGAUUUUUACACGGAUGAGAAUUUUAUACCUAACACGAUGCUUGAUAUUUUAAUACACCUUAACAAGUGAUUCCUUUUAAGGCCACUUUCGCAUAUCGUGGGAUUUGAGAAAAUGGAUCGUGCAGGCAGGUUUUGCACGGUAAUUCGGCAUCGGAGCAAAACAAUUACUGCGCAGGGUGUCUUAAAGUUCUUGACACAUUUUAAAAAUUCAUGGAAAAGCAACAUAUUGUCGCAUCAAAUGUGUGUAUCCAUAGUACUUCACUGACUCGAGAAUAUUUUAUGACAUUGUAAAAACAAAAAAUUAUAACUAAAGUAGUUUACAUUGACGGCUGUACUGUCAAAGUAAGAAUUUGUUUUUCUUACUGUGACGAUAGAGCCGUCAUUGUAAAUUUUUUUAUUACACUUUUCAUUUUUUUUGGUUCUCUCCAAUGUUAUACUUCAUAGGUUCAAGAUUUAUUUAUGGUACAAAUCGGAUAUCAAAACAACAAUUAAUUGCUUUUCUAUGCAGUUUUAAUUUUUCUAUGCAGUGUGUCAAAAAAAUUUGAUACCUCAUAUUUCAAUAUUUAUAUUGUUGAUACUUGAAAUAAAUGAUACAUGAAAUCAAAGAAAUAUACCAAGAUUUUUUUAUUUUUUAAGCUACAAAUGUUCACUAUGUGAACCUUUUACAUAACAAACAUCUAGUCUGUAACCUAGUUCAUUCGCCACAUUUUGUGGUAUCAUUUUUCGGAUGCUUCGUAAUGUUGUGCAUAUGUGUGCUUGAAGUUCUUGUGAAUUCUGAAAAACUUGUUAUACAAGUGCUUGAAAAACACAUUUGUUCAGCAGGUACCUACCACUGAUAAAGUAUUCCUACAAGAUGUGUGGGAUGAACUUGGAUACAGAUUAGAUAUUUGUUAAGUAACAAAACGUUCAUACACUGACCAUUUACUUGUAAUUAAAAAAAGAAAAGAAAGAAAUUUUUUUUCCUUAAUUUCAUGCAUUAAUUACUUUAUAUGAGUUAUAGUUUUAAUGACAUGAAUUCUUAAAAUUCUGCCACUCUUGCGUGCUAACCUUGUGUAACAAAUAAUAAUCCACAAGUAAAUUUAAAUCAUUGCAAAUAGCUGUUUUGGGAUACAAUGGGCCUCUGAGAGUGCAAAAAACGACAGUUAGAAUUCUUUGAGUUUGAAACUCAACCAGCGGGGCUUUCUGUUAAGUAAAUGUUACUUAGUAGUGACACUCAGCAUAUGAUUUAAUAUUUUGGUAAACAGCUCUUGAAAUAGCCAUUUGCCAUCAUAGAAAUUUAUUUGUGUGCAUUAUUGUAGAAAAAACUUGUUUUAUGGUUCUCUCAGCUGCAUGAUCUUUUAAAUGGCUCAAAUAAUUUGUCCAAGUAUUUUUCACUUCACUAUAAAUUUUGCUGUAUUGCAUUAUUUACAAAUGUAUUUAAUAUUUAUAGAACACAUGUCCAUUGUGAUAUUAAAUUGUGCACCGUGUGCAUAGGAUGAACUAGUGUUGCAUGCAAAGCAAAACUGUGGUGACCUUUGAGCUUCUGUGAAUGUUUGGCACCAUUUUGUGUUACUAAUUCAUAUUCCAAAGAAAAAUAUGUAUAGGUGUAAAUUUGUUGUUUGUAAUUUGUUAUUUAUUAAGGUGCUUAUGUGUACCCACAAGCAUGCUUCUUCAAGAAAUAUGUAGGAUAGUUUUCAUGCACAGGGGUCAUUCUGUUCUGAAAAUACUGACAACUUGUGGCUGUCUAUUCAGGAAAAUUUGAAAAGUUGAUCAUUAAUUCCAAACUGCAAAAAGGAAACAAAAUCAGGACAUAACUUUUUUUUUUCAAAGAUAUUUAUUGUGAAUUUAAAAUCUCUCAAAAUAUUCUCUGGAAGGAUAUUUUGAAUAAAUGUGUAUAUUUAUAUGCCCUUACAUAAAAAUUGUCAAGUCCACUUUUUAUUUUGUAUAGAACCACCCCUGCUUUUGCAUUGUUCGAAUAAAAAAAAGUAAUAUGCACACUCACGUUUUCUUGCACGAGCAUGUUUCAAUGUAUGUAAGCACCUUUAUAAAUAUAAAUUCUCCAGUUGACUUAUUUUUUCCAACUUUAUGCGAGAAGUUUUGGCCUUAAGAGUAUUUUCCAGUAUUAAUUGGGGUUGAGGAUUUUGGAAUGCAUCCUCUGUUCCUAACUCUCUCACCAAAGUUUUUGUGAUUAUUUUUAAUGAUUUCGGUGUUUUUAACACAUUUGCCUAGAGCAUUUCAGUAUUUGUAUGCGUUAUCAGUUUACGAGAACGUGUUCAUUUUAUAUUUCAUUGUUAAUAUAUUUUUAUGUAUGUAUUCUUAACCCACUUACAUUGUUCAUAAUUUAUAUAUUUUUCUUAAAACUGACAUUAGAUGUAUGUCUGUAUAAAUUCCAGAUUGAAAUAAAGAUUUUGCUUGUAUAAU